GAAAUCAUAGAACAAAAGACGAUGUAGACAGGAAACGAGUUUAUGUUGGUUGAACAGUUGCCUUUAUAACAAAUUUAACCUAAUCUAUACGAUUUAUAUGAAAGUCAAAGCACUCUGAUUUUUAAGAGAGACUGGUAUGCUAAUUGUUUGACACCACAAUAUCCAGAAUGAGACUGCGAACACAAAGACCUGCGCGAGGYUAGCAUCAGCGCAGGAGAAGAGGGCAGACUCGAGUGAACCUGGAGUAUCAGCCCAGCUCUGGCACCUUGGCAGAAUGUACCCAAUGGAUCCAGAGAAGCACAGUCACCAGAGGGAGUGUGGAGAACCAGAGACAUGCAGUCAGCGGAGGGAGUUUAGAGAACCAGAGYCAUGCAGUCAGAAGAGGGAGUAUGAAGAACCAGAGAGGUACAGUCGGCGGAGGGAGUACGGAGGACCGAGCUCAGGACAAUGGGAAGAUAUCCUUGAGAAGAGAGGCAAUGGCCAGGCUAUGCCCCGAGAGCCCUACAGUGAAUACUCCAGCAUGAGSAGGACUAGAGAAGGUGGGGAGGAGUAUGGUGCUUCCUCUGCUAUGAGCUACAUCAUGGACCCAUCAUCCAGAGACUGGAGCAAAGGCUCAUUGAAGGGUAGCAGUGCUCCCUUCUCCCCAGACACAGAUGGAGAUCCUGUGAAGCUCAGUGUGGAGGACCUGGAACUCGCUCGUAAGAAGAAGGAGCUGAAGGUCAUAGAGGAAAAGAUAGCUCACAAGAAAGCUGUUCUUGCUCUGCAAAAAGUUAAACGCGGAGCUAAGGACAUGCCUGAAACACAGGCUGCAUCCACAACAGUGAAGGGCAUCUCUAAACAGACCAAAAUCAACAAUACAAUAUUCAAAACAUACAACCAUGUCACCGACAAGUCGUCACGCGAAUGCCUACCUCUUAAACGGAGGGUGCUGGACAUUCUGAGUAAGUUCAGAAGAACAGCGGUACGGUGCAUGCGUAAGCCGAAGAAACAAAACAAGAUGCGAGCAUUGGAGCUGAUGAUUAGCGCUCCCCUAAAUGCAAGAGCCGCAGUCCUUCGGGGAACUGAGAGUGAAGAGCCAGUUCACUCACUCAGGACACAGGAGAAAGACAUAGCAGCCACAGGCUUCCAGCGCUUCCUCAAUGUCCUCAAUGAAGGUGUGGACAUCAACAAGCUCUCAAAGAUCGUCAACGACGAAAAUGAGCUACUCAUUGUGGGCGAGGAGCUACCACAAGUUUUGCCGACUCUGCUCGAGGGUCAUGUUGACUCCAGCAGUAGAUCCAAGUCUUCUCCAGUUGAGGAAAGGUGA